CUCAUGUUGUAUUUAGAAUUCCGAUGUGGCACCUGCCGCACACGCACGGCUAACAAUUCGCUUGAAGAAAUACGCCUUGUGAUAAUUAACACGUAGUAUUAUAGUGUACGUUUUUCUAUAUGUGUUAAAUAUCUUAACUUAUUUAAUCAUGUUAUUUAAUGAGAUGAACUUUCGCGCAUCGUUGCUGUUUAUUCUGACGGUGCAGCUAGACCUCACCAAGAUAUGCCUGAGCGUCGACACGAAAAUUUUGAGCUUGUGUACGUCCCAAAGUACUUGUGACAAUUGUCUAGAAGCGAGCUUGGCUUGCGCCUGGUGCAGUGAUUGGUCAUACACAAAUUCCACGUACGGCAAACCGAGGUGCAACGUGCCAGAGCGUUUGCGGGCAUUCGGCUGUCCGGAUGCGGAAAUACGCGCGGCGCCGCCAGCAUCGCUCCGAGUACUGACGAACAUGGAUUUUCAGGAUGUCUCCAACGAUCGUACGAUACAGCCUGUACAGCUGAGACCGCAGAAGCUGCGACUCAGGAUGAGGCCGCGUUCGAGCCAAGUGGUGACGCUUCAGUAUAGACCGGCUAAAAAUUAUCCAUUGGAUCUUUAUUAUCUUAUGGAUCUCACGUGGUCGAUGAAGGACGAUAAAGAAACUCUGGUGGGAUUAGGCUGGAAGAUAGCCAAUACGCUCGGUACAUUUACCACGAAUUUUCGUCUCGGAUUUGGCAGCUAUGCUGAUAAGCCUCUAAUGCCGUACAUAUUUCCAAAACACGAGGAAAAUCCGUGCAAAAGCGAAAACGCCGUUUGCAAGCCACUAUAUUCCUUUUGGCAUCAUUUAGAACUCACCGACAAUAUACCAAGAUUCAUUCAUCAAGUAAAUUAUAGUUCGGUGACCGGCAAUGUUGAUAAUCUGGAGGGUGGUCUCGACGGGAUUGUGCAAGCGAUCGUUUGUGAUCGACAAGUUGGUUGGGCUCAUCAAGCGCGCAAGCUGAUGUUAGUGGCGACCGAUGGACUCAUGCAUUUCGCUGGUGAAGGAAAGCUAGGAGGUGUAGUGGAACGUCAAGACUUUCAGUGUCACCUCGACGAACGUGGACAAUAUUCCUUGGCAAAGAAAUACGAUUAUUCCUCUCUGGCGGAGGUGUCUCGAUUAUUGCAUGAGCGCAAAGUCAAUUUGAUCUUUGCCGUGACAGAAGAUCGUCGUCAUGAGUACGAAUUAAUCGCCAACUUGCUGAAGCAGCAGGCCAGAGUCGCUACUCUGACACGUAAUAGUUCCAAUAUUCUCGAGAUCAUUAAGAGUGCUUAUCAUGAGAUAGUGAGUAAAGUGGUGUUGCGCGACAAUGCGACCGAUCCGUUGCACAUUAGAUAUCUGUCCGCGUGUGGAAGUGAGAAGAGCGUGGAAUCAAAUACGUUCGAGUGCGAUGGUAUACAGGAGGGUCAAGUGUACGAGUUCAAAGUCAUCGUGUCGACAGGCGAAUGUCCGAGAAACGAAAGUCUCUGGAGGCAAACGGUGGUGAUUGACGACGCGUUAGCAUCCGAGGCAUCCGAGGUGCAAAUCGAAGUUGAACUUUUAUGCGGCUGCGAUUGCAAGAACGUAGAAAACUCGUAUUGUGAGCACGGAGUAAACGAGUGUGGUAUAUGCAAAUGCAACUUUGGCUGGUCUGGAGAUACCUGCGAUUGUGACCAACAUUUCUCGAUAGAGAACAGGCUGCAGUGCACCAACGGCGAGGAGAUCUGCUCAAACAAAGGUGAAUGUAUUUGUGGUACUUGCAGCUGCGAUAAGGGAUACAACGGGCGUUUCUGCGAAUGUUCCCCUUGCGACAAAACUGAUGGAGUCGAAUGUGGCGGUCGUGGUAUAUGCGAUUGUGGUGUUUGCAACUGCUUGGACGGGUGGAAAGGUAGUGGCUGUCAAUGCCCGUCCGGUAACGAACUUUGCAUUGCUCCUGGCAGCAAACAAGUAUGUGCUGGCCACGGAUAUUGUGAUUGCGGACAAUGCCGAUGCAACGAGACAGAUGUCGAUGGUCUAUACUAUCGAGGCAUGUAUUGCGAAUCGUCUGCGAGCGCAGGUGGCAGUGGACUUUGCAUCCUCUACAACUCUUGCGUGAACGUCACGGUCGAAUAUCCGGAGAAAGCGGAAGAACUAUGUCAGAGCAAUACUACUCUUUACAAAACUGAGCGAGUGGACACGGUGGAUAUAGAUGACGAGCACUACUGUUUCGUGAGGACGGUACAAGAUAGAACUGUCUGCAACAUACCUUACAUAUACCAAUUUCAACAUAAUAAAACAGUUAUUUUAAGAAUCGCCGACAAGACUUGCCGCACAGUGAUGCACGCCGCGUUUCUUCCGGCAAUUAUUUUUGGUGCUGUAUUACUAUUCGGAAUUACAGGCUUAUUAAUGUGGAAGUCUUGGAUCUCGAUGCAAGAUCGUAGAGAAUAUGCGAAAUUCGAGCAGGAACGACAGAGGACCGUUUAUGCUUUAGAUGAGAAUCCGCUUUUCCGCCCAGCUAUUACUCGAUUUAGAGUACCUUCCAUGUACAAGGACGAUUAAAAAUAAUAAUUGUUAUGUAUGAAAACAAGGCAGAGGCACGAUAAACAACAGUACAAUGUAAAUAUGAUAGAUUACAAGAGAGAUGAAAUCUUUUAAAAUAUUUUGCAACGAGCUGUAUUACACAGGUAAAAAACAAUACAAGAAUGAUGAAGAAAACCAUGAAAACAAGGAAGAGCGUAACACUAGAAAGAAAGUCAAUACCGGAAAAUAGAGCACAUUAAAGGAGGUGGAAAACUAGAAAAGAAAAUGUUAUACUGUAUCAAAGUCGAAAGGCAAGAAAUAAACAUUUAUCUAUCUAUUAUGCAUGAAAACAAAGACAUAUACGUAUAAUAAUUGUAUAUUUCGCUGUUGUUGUAAAUAUAACAAUCAUAUUUAGAAUUUGUAAAUAUGUCUAAUAAACUGUGCUAUAAGUUAAUUUUUCAUAAACAUUUUAUGACACGAUUAUAAUUGUGAUUUAUAUUAAUUUCAUCAACGUUGAAUGGAAGAAGAGGAGUUUCCUUCCGAAGAUCUUCUAUAUAUUUCGUUCCAAAACUGAUUAGCAGGUGUAAAUGUAACGUGCUGUUUGUAUAUGAGAAAAGUACUUUUAACAAAACUACAAAAUUGUGUAAGGAACUGUGUACGUAAUAUUUUCGUCACUUAAUAAUUUUUUAUGUUUACACUAUCUGAAAUCGAUGUGGUUAUCCAUUCAUAUCCAAGUGGUUCUUUGUAAACAAUGUUCGAGACAGGUUUAUUGUCGGUCCAUAUCGAUAUCAAUAAAGACCCAUCGGGAAAAA